AUGGAAUACUUUUGCAGCUCGUUGGCGAUUCUAAUGAGCUGGGCCGUCGCUGUCCUGGGCCUUUUGUUGGGUCCGCCGGCCCGGCAGAACCAUGCGGAUAGAAGAUCUCCGCCCGUAGCCAUGAACAAUCCACUGGCACGAUUCAACCCGUUCAACCCGUCGCCGAAUGAGCCAGAGUCGGCUCUCACGAACGGCAUCGACGAGCUUCUCAAGGACGCCCCGCUGCCUGUCAAGGUGCUCGGUGGUCUCGUCAAGCCGCUGAUCGCCGGGCUCGGGGCCGCACUGCAAGAGAGCCAGGCCCAGGGCGAGUCGCUGCUGCAGGAGGCGCAGGGGGCCCUGCGCGCGGACUCACGGGUGGCAUUGCUGCUCGGCGGCGACGUCGUGGUCGGCGCUACCUUCUCGCAGUCUUCGAGCAACGUGAACGGCGCUGUUAGUCUGGCGCUGCAGUGCCAGCUCUCAGGGAAAAAGGGGGAAGGGGUGGUCUCCAUCCGCGGCCAGGGUGGCAACGGAGAUGUGUAUGUCACAUCUCUGGUGGUGCAGGCGAAUGGGCAACAGUUCGAGGUCCCGACGCUGCGCGGCGGCGGUGGCGGAGAUGUUAGUGGAGGAGCAGGUGGCAGCGGUGUCAUCGACAUCGAGGUUGUUCAGUGA